GUAAACAGAGUAACAAAAACAAUAGGAUGAAUAAAUUGGUUUUUACAUUUAAACAAACUAGAAAACAACUUCCUUAUCUCUUGCAAACUUUCAGCUGUCACGAUGACCAUGCAGGUCCGCUUGCUAUCAGCUCAACUAAACAUUUUGCUGAUCGAGACACCUGUACACAGAAAAUGUCAAAGUUGGUUGACCUAGUUGAUUAGAGGGAAAAUGAACCUAUCGAAAAUGCAUUUUAUCUGAGUUUGUGGACUUGUACUACUUCGAGAGUCAAACCAUGCCGACCAGAAGCCUAAAGGUUGUGAGGCUGGACGACUCGCCGGGUACAGGAGACAAAAAUAUCAUCAUGUGUGAUGCCGUUUGCAAAAAACCUGUCCGGAAAACCAAACCGUUAAGACUUGAGAAAUCCAAGGUGGCUGCCAAGUCACGCCGAGAUCAGGAAGCUGUUGAAUUUCAGACCCUUACAAAACUCCUGCCCAUGAGUCUGUGUGAUUUGGAAAAACUGGACAAAGCCUCGAUUGUCCGUCUGCUAGUCAGCUAUAUGGCAAUCAAGAACAUCCUCCAGCGAGAAUUGGCUGGCGUUGUCAAGGAUACGUGUAAUGGGACGAAAGCAGUUACCAUGAAUUUAGAUGAGGCAUGUCCUGUACCUGACAAAACCAUCAUACCCAUUAACGGGACAAACGGCAAACACGUUCCCCAGCUAGCCAGUGUGAUGUCAGAAUGUGUAAAUGAGAGUAACUUGAUGCUGGCUGCCCUGAAUGGGUUCCUGAUUGUCCUCGAUCGCAGGAAAAGCAUAAUUUUUGUGUCGGAUAAUGUGGAAGGUUUUCUUGGCGUUUCACAGACAAAAAUGAUUGGUAACUCUGUGAAGGACUUCCUCCACCCCAAUGAUAUACCGGAGAUAAAGAAACAGUUCAACCUCCAGGUGUCAACACAGGACAACGGUGUCCAGCCCAACAUAGAAGGAGAAUCUCUGCCCAGGCUGGAGGACAAGCGACUAUUCUACCUGAGAAUGAGGUAUCUCACGACAAAGCCUGGCAUCCGCAGUCGAAACACCGGAUACACGCUGGUCCAGUGGUCAGGCCGUAUCAAGAUGAAGAAGUCAGGGACGCGUCCACAUGGCCAUGCCAUCGAGUGUCUCGUGUGUAUCUGUCGCCCGAUGCAGUCCACCUCUAUCAUGGAGAUUCGUAUGGAUGGCAGCAUGUUCAUGAGCAGACAUGACCUUGGAAUGCGCUUCACAUUCUGUGAUACCAGAAUCAUCCCACUGAUCGGCUACGAACCCAGUGAGGUAGUCGGACGGACAGCGUACCAAUUCCACAAUCCCUUGGACGCGGAAACUGUCGGAAAGUGCCAUUCAAAUCUGAUUGUAAAAGGGACAUCGGUGAGCAAGUACUACCGCUUCCUGGGCAAGAAUUGUGAUUGGGUGUGGAUGCAAACCAGAGCUACCAUUAUCUACAACACGAAAAAUGUACCACAGUACAUUGUCUGUAUGAAUUACAUUAUCAGUGAAGAGGAGAGUCAGCGUUACAUUAUGAUGGACGAAGAAGAGGCCGGGAAGCACAUCGUCUGUGCUCCUGGGGUGAUGGACCUGUCAGAGAGCACCAUGUGUGGGGACUCUACCCAGGGGGAGCACAGUGACCCGGGCUACAUGAGCGGCAACAGCCCCUAUUCUAGCAUGAAUCCAAGUCCCUCGGACGGUCACCCCAGUGACGAUAACAAUGAUACUCUGACAGACGCAGACAGCGACUUUCCACCGGGUGUAUUUCAGGAAGUUGCCAACACCAUUAACCCAAGCCAUGAAUCUAUAUUUGACAUCAUCAGUAGCCUGGGGAAGGAAACUGGUCAGCCAUGUGACAAGACAUCGGAUCACUCCCCUCUGUCUGAGGCUGGAGGCUGGAUGGAUCCACAAGGCGACAUGGCCGCUAUGUGUCCACCUCCUUCUGACACCAACAGGUACAUUCCGCUGACUUCUAUGGCGGUGAUGUCUCCUCCAGAUCAACCUACAAGAACGUUCCAGACGCUGCUCUCUAGCAAUGCCAACAACACAAACAUGACAACAACCUUACUGCAGACGCAGAUGUACAGUCCACAGGGAAACUUCACCUCUGUUGGCAGGGGUCUCCAUGGUAACUGUGAUAUGAUGUCUCCACAGUCCGUAGAGUCCUACAGUUCCAGUCUCUCUCCAGUGAACUCCACCUCCCAUCUUUUAUCAUUGGAUGAUCAUAAUGGUAAUAGUAGGUCGUCCAGCGUCUGUUCAGGACUUGUAUCCUCACCCAGCAUGCCGUCUGACGAUGAUAUCACUAUGCUGUCACCUGCUGUCACAUCAGCUCCUCAACUUCACAACCUGCAAUCUGUUGCUGCGACCUCUUCUUCUCCUCAUAGAAAUCUUCUAGACCUACAAUCUGUUUCUGUCACUUCCUCUUCGCAUAGAAACCUCAUAAGCCUACAGUCUAUUCCAGCAUCAUGUUCUCAAAAGAGCAUCUUAAAUCUUCAGUCUGUUCCGUCUUCUCCGUCAGUUAUGAACCAGCCAACCACUUCACCACAGAAUAUCUUAAAUCAGCCGGCCAAUUCACCACAGAAUAUCUUAAACCAGCCGGCUACUUCCCCACAGAAUAUCCUCAAUGUACAAACCAUUCCCUCCACUGGUGUGGCCCCUCAACAAAGCAUGAUCAAUAUGCAGGCAGCAUCUCCACAGAGUAUGUUGACCAGCCUACAACAGCAAGUCCCUGCUAGAUCCUCACAUGCUCAGAGCCUGCUAAAUUUACAUCCUGUCACAUCGGCCCAACUUCUCGACCUCCAGCCCAGCAUUGCUGUGACAACUGCUGCUUCGCCACUAAGUGCUCAGAAUCAGCCAGUCACCCCAAACUGUUCCCAGGAUAUGAUGAACCUACAGUUGGGUAUGUCUGGAGACAACAAUGGUAGUGACAUGUCAGUAUCAGGGACAGGGGACACUCUGCCACCGGAGGUAUCAGAAAUGUGGCUCCAGUUCUGUAACACAAUGACCGACAACCAAGUCCAGCAAGUUCUGGAUGAAUUCCGUCGUGAGGAACUUCUGUCAUCAAUAGAAGAACAUCGAAUCCGACAACAGGCUACAGUGGCUCCAGUGCAAGCCACAACAAAUAUGAAUUGUAUGCCAAAUUCUUAUACCAACCAAAGCAUCAACUACCAGGGAUGUCAAAAGUUUUCAACUGUUGGGCCAACAUUUGAUCAGGGCUGUAAUCGCUGUUGUGCCAUGCAGAACGGAUCUGAACAUUACCCUAGCACUACCGUACCGAGUACUUACUCCGUACCAAUGUCCCACCUCCAGGCCAGUAGACUUACACCUAGCAGUGCUAUAUCUUGUGUGAACUGUUCCACUUCUCAAAAUGGACAAUUUCCGUGUGUGCGGCACAAAAACGGUUCAGCCUACAGUCACUCCCAAAUUGGAAGUGAUGGGAAAUCGGCUACCAUGUCAGAACUAGAAAAAAUGUUGCGUGGUUACUCCAGUACCUCACAGCAAUGUGUUGGUGCUUUCUGCGAGUCGCAAUCUGUUAACUCGUGUGACUUUGACAAUGGUGGCUCUACCCUACUCAAACAGAUGUUGACCGGUCAUCUGUCUAGUGAGUGUUAUCAUGCGAUGGAGAAACGUCGACAAGCUACCACUAACGUAUCCAACCAGUGACAUUCCUGGACUGGAGUGACCACUCGGACAUGAGUGACCACUUGGAUGUCCAACAUUUGUAACAAUGCCUUACAGGACGAUUGGAUACAGGACAUAAGUAACUGUUCUGACAAGAGUGAUGGUUUGGGCAUCUGACUUCAUUGGCAAUAACUUACAUGGGGGAUUGAUACAGGAUAAGGUAGUGAGCGAUCAUUCCGACGUAUCCAUGACAACAUCUGACACAAAUAUUCACUGCAGCAACAUUGAGUACAUAUAGACGAUGAACCUAGGGACUACAACAUUCACUAGUGACCCAGUGUUCUCACAUCGUGACCAGUGGCUUCACAGCUUGUGUACAGAGUUGUCACCCUUGAUUCACAAUCCUCCGCGUUACCUGUUAAAACCUGACACUGAAGUGUCGCUGAUAUACUAUAAGCAGUAUACAGUCAACAGCAGAAAUACUGACUUGUGUGACGAUCAAUGAUCGACAGAAUUACUAGACUAUGUAAUGAAUUAACAGGAAACCCUGUUCUUAGCAAUAUUGUAUACUGUUACCAUGGUUACGGACACCGAAACCAAGGCUUCAGAGCAUUACAAGUCUAAAGAGUUCAACAGACUCAAAUAACUUUGUCAUAGACAAACUGUUGAUGUUGUGUAUUUAUAAAAAAAAAUAGUUAUAUGAUCGUAUAUUGAUUCAUCAUAGGAUAUUUUCUUUGCAAUUAUUUAAUAUUUGUUUUUGUCUUGAAAAAUGUACAAGUUUUCCACAAUUGGUAAUUGUUAUAUGUAAUUUGUAAUCCACUCUUGGUCCUAGGUUGUGAAUCUGUUACCGUGACAGUAAUAACAGUAUGAAUGUAUGGGAAUAAGCCAAUCUUUUUCAUAGUAACAGGAUGUUAAGCAUGUUUGCUGAUGAUAAAAGUUGCUCAGGACAUUACUUUCCUUAUUUAAGAAGGAAAGAAAUACUGGUGUUUUUUUUUUUUUUUAAAUACACAAAGGAAAUUCACUAAUAUCUAUUUUACCCCAAUUCGAUUGACCAGGUCCUUCUAAACUUUUUAUAUUAACAUCGGUAGAUAGAGUUACCAUACAAGUCUUUGUGAGAACAUUUUUGUGUUGAAUACAAAGUGUUUGAUGAAGCUGUUUUGUACAUAAGCAUGUGACAAGUCUGUGUCAUAGUUUUAUCGUCUCACAAGAUCUGGAUAGGAGCUUCCGCGUCCAUUCACCUCGUAAGUACCGACAGGUACUAAAUAGGCUAAAAUUUCUCCAAAUUUCUUUUUUUCCAAAACAUAUGAAUUUAAUUACAUAGCUUCAAUCUAAUCUUUCAAUUGAUUUUUCUAAUAGAAAAAAUAUGAAAUGAUCAUUUCAAAAUUAAGAACCAUAUUCAAAUCUAUGAAGGUGAAAGAUGUGACUAUUUGAUUUUGAGGGAAAUGAAUUUUCGGAGGAAUCAUUUUUUUUUUUAUCUUUACAGAGUAUAUACAACAGUUGUAUGUAAGGUGAUACUUAAGAAGAAGUCCCAUGCCCUCGUGCCACGCUGCUGUGUGGUUUAUAGUCUCAGUGAAAUUUGCAGUUUCAGUUGAAAGGAAACACAUAUGUCUCGGAAAAUCUGGCAGAAAUGACAGAAUCUUGUCAGUUCUAAACAAUAUUUUUUGUCUCGUUUCUAUAUUAAACAGUAGUGAGAUUUUAUAUCAUCUCUUUCAUAACAAGUGUAGCCACUUCACAUGUAAACAGAUUUCAGAGAGAGCCGUGUACAUAUUAUCCCUAAUUGACCUGAUGUUUAAAUAUUCUAUUUUGAUAUUGUAAGCCUGAAGACAAUUAAAACAAAACCCUAAUUAUCAUUAAUAUUUCAUAUGUUCCAUAUUGCACCUGUACGCCUCGAUGCCGAGUUCAUGUUGACUGUUAAUGAAAAUUUUCAUUUGAUCUGUUUAACAUAUUUAUAUAUAAAAAAAAACUUUCUUUAACUCAUUCACCCUUUCCAACCUUUGAAUUGGAAGAGUUCAAAUGUGUCUUCAGGGGUGAAUGAGUUAAAGCAUGCAUAAAUUAGAUCAUUUUUUCCCCCCACAGCACUUUGGUUUUACCUGACCUACAGAUGUAGUAUGUAGACCUUCAUUCUACACUACAUAUUGUUUUACCCUAAAUACCAAUACAUCUACUGACCUUACUUUUACUCUUCAUAUUGUUGUUAAUUUUCAGUUUGUUUUACCCUGCACACUGUCGUAAGGUGCUAAAGAGUACACCGAUAGAGUUUUAAGUUCUACAGGAAUGUUAAAUUCUGUACAGCGUUAUACUUCACUAUCACAUUCAAAAUCACUCAAUUCUGCACACUGCAUACAUCAACUUUUGAAAAAUGUAUCAAAAGAUAAUUAAGUGACCAAAAGAACCUGUUUAUAUGACAUACAAAAAAGGCAGUUAUAAACGCAUAAAAGCUGAAUAAAGUGGGCGCAACUAAAAUUUAACAUCAGAUAAGUUAUAUAUGGAGUAUGAUUUCAAGCUCAUGAUCGGCAAAUUCCAUUUAUUUCUGAUUUACACAUAGAAGACAUCGUUUUUGUACCUUUGUAUACAUAAAUAACCUCCAUCCAUUCUUCUACAUGUUCACCAGGUUAUGCAAAUAUUGUGACAUAUAUUUACACAUUUAAGAAGCAUUUUAUUCCAGGUAAAAUAUUUAGAAUUGUGUACUGCGUGAUAUGCCCUGUGGCCUAUAUUUUAAUCCAUAAUUAUCAUUUAAAAAUCUUUAACAUGAAUUUUUUUAAUUGUUUUAAUAUCAAAGUGCAAAAUUAAAUUUGUCAAUAAAUGUAUAAGGAAAGAUUAUAACUUCCAUGAUUUUAACUAGUGGGUCAUUGUGUGUAUGCAUGAAAUUUACAUGUUUAGGAUCUUUCUAAUCUUUAAGUUUUGAGAAUAAAUAAAUAGAUAGAUUUAAAAUAUGAAUCUACUGUGAAGAAUUUUCAAAAAUUUAGCACAAAGUUAUCAAUAAGAUCAAAGUUGAUUGAAAACCUUUUUUUACAGAAUUUAGCAUUUAUAUUAUAUCAUUACAUGUUUUACUGUUAAUUAGCUGUGAUUUGACAAGAUAUACGCAAUUUCUUUCUAAUAGGUUUUCCACAAUUAAGGUUUUACGUUACCUUACAACAUACUUAAGAUAUAUGUUAGAGUUAUCUCCCUUUAAACGUUUCAGUUUGCUGUAACUGUAAGGAUAUUAGUUUAUUCGUAUUUUAUUUUCUAAGGAUAUAUACAAUCUAUAAGCAUAACCAUGAGUAGACUUAAUCUUUCCUUGAUCAGAUUUGCUAAGGAAAAUGUGUAAAUUAUUUGUGUUUUUAUUGUUAGUGCUCAGUACAUUAAUUGAUUAUGUGGGAAUAUAAGAAUACCACAAAAAUAAGUAUGUUUUCAGUAUUAUUAUGUAAAUAUGAAUAAUGGCCAGAGAAUUAAUUCUUAUGAAUUGUUCAAAUUUUCUUCCGGUUGAUCAAGCCUUGUCAAAAUCCUGUGUGAAACUCUUUUUGAAAGGAGAUGCAGAAGACAGUAAUGUAGCAUACCUCCCUAAGUUGGCAUUAUUUCUCCUCUUCUUUUAUUUUUCCCAAUUAACUUAGAUAUGCCCAACUUGCUUUUUCCACUGUUUAUUGAACAGUAAAAAUUUGUGGAAAUAGAAAUUCACUUUCCAAUAAUGUUUGAUAAGACAAAGUCUUGUACAAUAGUCUGAGUGUUAAAAACACAUGUUUUAACCCUAAGAUAUUAAAAAAAAAAACAUUUUUUAUUCCUUGCAUUUUGCUUGUAAAACUAUUGUAAAACAAAAGUGAUUGUUUUGUGAGACACAUUGUAUUAGUUUAUUUUGUUGAGGUGAAAUGUUUGCAGAGACUAAGCUGUUGCAGUGAUAUAUUGCGCUGUGUUUUGAUUAUUUAAUAAUAGACUUGAAAUCAAUUAGUGAAAGUUUAAACAGAUUCCAAGGAUUUAUUUAGAUUUAUAAUAAUUUGAAUGGAAGACAGUUUAUUUUUGAACGAGGAGUAGUUAAACAUAGGUGUGUUUACUCUGUAUACAUCAAUACAGAUUGUUUUGCUCAUAAAAUAUAUCACAUACUUCGUACAGUUGAGUCCAUAACCCAGCCACUUUUUCCUUUUCAACAGAAGUGACUGGAUUGUGAGAUUGCUUGAUAAAAUUGACAAGUUUAGCUUUUGGAGAAAAAGGCCAAAAUAUUCACUAAACCACUGAGAGAAUUAGUGGUGUCUGGAUUAACGAGACAGGGCCGUUUAAUGUUGUGUACAGACGAAUAUUUAAUGUCGCAUUUUUUUGGGCAACUAUCUUCAUUUUAAUUAACAUUAUGUAAUUAAUCAUACAUAGAUGAUAUCAAAGUACAUUGAAUCUCUGUAUGUCAUGUUGUAUUAAUUUCCAUGUAUAUUUGACAAAUUACCAUAAAGAUUUGAAUACCUUACUGUUUGAUACCUGUAGCUGGUAAGGUAUACAGGUAGGGUAAGGUAAGGCAGAUAGGUAUCCUUGAUAACAAUAGGUGAUGAGAUAUUACUGCUGUAACCUGUCCUCAUGAAUAUUCAUUUUAUAAUUUUGUCACAUUUAUAUAUAUUACGUCAAAGAGUUUUUUUGUGGGUUUUUUCUACACAAGUUCCUCACAGGUUGUAUAUAUUUUAUAGUAAAAAAAUACAAAUCAAGAUGUUACAAGCAAUCAACUGUGCUUUAAAUGUUCAAGAUAUAUUAAAAAUGUAAAAAUGUUUUGUCGCGUAGAAAAGUGAGUUUUAGUUUCCCGGUUCAAUGUGCAACAUGUCAUACUUUUACCUGAUGGAAGGACAGAGUUUCACUUAUAUUCCUAUUCCUAUAUCUUAAAAUGUUCUAUUUUUCAGAUUUUUUUUAUUGUUUUUUUUACUCUGGAGAUGUUUUGAGUGUAUAUUUAUUCUUGCACAUAUC